AUGCCAUCCGGUAUGCUGUUGCUAAUUGCGACGAGGGCUGUCGACGCCGGUCUGAAAGAAAUCGCUCAAGCUCUGAUCAUGUAUGGUGCCGAUGUCAACGGGCAUGACGACGUCAUCCAACUGUUGCUGAGCCAUGGAGUCGACGUCAAUAGUCCUCACCUCGGGGGCCACAUAGCACUGCAUUUCGCUGCAUUCUAUGGGCACAAGUCAACCAUAAAGCUACUUUUGAGCACGCCUGGAAUUGACAUUGCUGCUGGUGACGGCGAAGGAGCUACAGCCCUCUGUGCGGCUGCUCGUGGGAAUCACCGAUCCGUCGCAUUGCGGAUCUUAGCCGAGGAGCCAGCUAAUGUCAACGCACGCUUCCUGGGCCAAAAGACUGCUCUUCACUUUGCGGUUGAAAAUCGAAACGUUCUCCUCGCUUCCCUCAGCUACGCGGCGGAUCAGGGCGAUCUGCGGAUGUUGGAGCUCCUCCUUACUAGGACCGAUCUAGAUUUGAAUGCUUUGGGAGCAUCUCCUAUUUAUCUUGCUGCUGAAAGAGGACAUCUAGAAGUGGUCCGCCGACUUGUCUCCCUUGACGAGGUUGAUAUUAAUCAGACUGUCUGGCAUAAGUCUCCUCUAUUUAUCGCGAUCGAAAACGGACACCGUGAUGUCGCAAAGCUGCUCCUUGAAUAA